AUGUUAACUCUCAACAUCAAGACAUGGAAACUAUUACCCUCCACACCUCCACGCUUCACUAACCGCAACCUUCCAUCAUCUUCCUCAACACUCACCACCACAGUCACCAUGCAAAAACCUCCACCCUCCAAACCCCGCAGAAAAUCCUCCUACGGAACUUCCCGAAAAUCAAUUCUCAGAAAAACCUUCAAACAAGAACAAGUCACUUUCACCGCACCUUUCUCCGGCGAACCUCAUGUCGCCAUCAUUGGCGGUGGCAUCUCCGGCCUCCUCUGCGCUAUCUACUUAGAUAUACGCGGCGUUCGCUCAACCGUUUUCGAUACUGGCAUUCAUGGACUUGGUGGAAGAUUGGGAACUAGGGUUAUUGAUGCUAAUGAUAAACAUUCUUUGAUAUUUGAUCAUGCUGCUCAGUUUUUUACUGUUAAUGAUUCUCGUUUUGCUGAACUUGUUAAUGCUUGGGUGGAUAAGGGUUUGGUUAAAGAGUGGUUGGGGACUGUAGGAGAGCUUCAUAAUGGUGGUGAGUUUCUUCCAAUUUUACCCUCGACUCCGAGAUAUAUAGCGACUAAUGGAAUGAGGUUCCUUGCUGAUUCAUUACUGUCUGAGAGUCCGUUGGUGAGUGUGGAGAGACCGUGCUGGAUCAGUAAAUUGGAGCCAUUUAAUGGGAUGUGGCAUUUGAGUGAAAAUGGGAAACCUUGUGGGAAGUUUGAUGCAAUUGUUAUUGCACACAAUGGAAAAUGUGCAAACCGUUUGCUUAUGACAUCUGGUUUGCCAUUAAUUGCAAAACAAAUGAAGAGGUUGGAGCUGAGUUCAAUAUGGGCACUUCUAGCAGCAUUUGAGGACCCACUUCCUUUUCCAGGGAACACAGGAAUUCCUUUUGAAGGAGCUUUUGUUAGAGGAAUUGAUUCAGUGUCAUGGAUGGCCAAUAAUACCAAGAAACUAUUAGCUUCCCAGAAUGAUAGUCCUCACUGUUGGACCUUUCUGAGCACUGCUACUUAUGGAAAACAGAACAAGGUUCCACAGGAAAAUAUACCUACUGCGACAUCAACAAGGAUAAAGGAAGUCAUGCUAGAGGGCGUCGAGGCUGCCCUUGGAUUGUCAAAAGGGUCACUUCCUAAACCUUUUCAUACAAAGCUCCAACUAUGGGGUGCAGCUCUUCCAACUAACACACCUGGAGUUCCUUGCAUCUUUGAUCCCUUUGGAAGAGCUGGGAUAUGCGGAGAUUGGCUACUAGGUUCUAAUAUAGAGGCAGCAGCCUUGAGUGGAAUUGCUUUAGCUAACCAUAUUGCAGACUGUAUCCAAAGUCCCGGAACUGAUCCUGAAGAGUUUGCUGUUGGUUUGAAUCAAGAGUUUCAACCACUGGAAGGCCAUGAUAUUGGACAAUUCCCAGGUUUGAGGUCAGAAGAAAAGAUGAAUGAAGCCCAAGUAUAUGAACUUGCCAAGUAG